AUGAAUCGUAGCUUCAGAGCUCCGGAGUCGCAAAUGCAAGGUGGUUUGAAGCAGAGGGAGCAGCAAUUUGGGGGUUUGAUGGGUUCAGUCACCACAGAGAAGGAUGAGGAGCUCGCAUUGUUUCUGGAGAUGAGGAAGCGAGAGAAGGAACGGAAUGAUCUUCUGCUUCACGCCUCGGAGGAGUUUGAUUCAGCUUUGGGUUCAAAUCCAGGCAAUUCUCCUUUAUUUAACAUUUCAUCGUCCAUCCCAACGGCUCCUGUACGAAAGAGCGGUGCUGAUGAAUUUCUCAAUUCGGAAAACAAUAAAAAUGAUUAUGACUGGCUUUUAACUCCUCCCGGUACUCCUCUUUUCCCUUCUUUGGAAAUGGAAACUCGGAAGACUGUAAUGAGUCAGCUUGGUACUCCAACCGCGCGUCCCACAGCAUUGAAAUCCAGAUUGUCAAAUCAUCAAUUGGAGCCUGCUGGGAGAUCUAGCUUGGCAUCAAGACAGCAAACUUCCUCCCCUGUGUUGAGCUCUUCAAGUGGUGGAACUAGGAGGCCCUCGUCAUCAGGGGGUCCCGGAUCACGACCCGCAACUCCUACUGGACGCCCUACAUUGACCACAACUUCAAAACCAUCAAGAUCUUCAACACCUACUCGUAAUUCAAUACCUUCAACUAGGCCCAUUGUUUCUACAUCCAAGACCACAAUGUCCACAACCAAGCCUACCAUGGUUUCUACCACUAAGCCUUCGACUUCUGCCACGAAGACCACCAUCCCUGCUGCAAAACCAGCAACUCAAUCAAGAUCCUCAACACCAAUAUCAAGAUCGACUGCAAGAUCCUCAACACCAACAAGCAGACCUACUUUACCUCCUUCCAGGUCCACAUCAAGAGCAUCUACUCCAACUCGGCGACCAUCUAUACCAUCAAAUGAGCUCAAUAUAUCUUCUUCAUCAGUUAAGAUUUCUUCAAACCCCAAGCCAGCUACUAUGUCGUCAAGGCAGCCAACUCCUGUGAAAGCAAGGCAGCCAACUCCUGUGACAGGAAGGCAGCAAGCUCCAGUGACCUCUAGACAGCAAGCUCCAGUGACUUCUAGACAGCAAACUCCAGUGACCACUAGACAGCAACAAGUACCAUCACGCGGCACAUCGCCAACAGUGAGGUCAAGACCGUGGAAGCCAUCUGAGAUGCCAGGGUUUUCACUUGAUGCUCCACCUAAUUUGAGGACAACACUACCUGAUAGGCCACUGUCAGCGACCAGGGGCAGGCCUGGAGCUCCCACUUCUCGAUCUUCGUCUGUUGAGCCUUCUUCUAGUGGAAGACCUAAGCGACAAUCAUGCUCUCCUUCAAGAGGACGCACUUCCAAUGGCACUGCUCAUAUAAGUGGAAACUCAAUGCCUGCAGUUAGCCGUGGACGCUCCAAAGUAAAUGAUAAUGUCAGUCCUGGUAUGAUGGGAACAAAAAUGGUUGAAAGGGUUGUUAACAUGCGAAAACUAGCACCACCAAUGAUGGAUAACAAAAACUCUCCUCGUAGUAAUCUGUCUGGCAAGUCAUCUUCAUCUCCAGAUAGCACAGGGUUUGGAAGAACUCUCUCAAAGAAGUCCUUGGAUAUGGCUAUUAGGCAUAUGGAUAUAAGGAGAACCAUUCCAGGUAAUUUACGGCCAUUGAUGACAAAUAUUCCGGCAUCUUCUAUGUAUAGUGUGAGGUCUGGAUCUCAGCGUGGCCGAACAAUUAGUAUAUCAGGCUCUCCUCACGCAACAAGCAGUAAUGCUAGUUCUGAAAUGAGUGUUAACCAAAAUGGUAUAUGUUUAGAUUCUAGCGAGAUAGAUGAUGAUAUUGGCAGUGAGAGAUGCGGUCAAUCUCCCGCCAGUGUACGGGGGAGGUAA